AUGGCGCGGCUACAAAAGAUACGCGAGAAGAGAGCAGAUACCUCUGAAAGAACGAACAUUGUUAUUGUACCAGGAAAUAAUGGAGAAACGCUAGCAGACCAGACCUGCCCCCACUUCCCAAAGUGGCUGGAUGAUAUUAUUGCUUCGGAGAACAAAUGCACGGUAGUCUGGAUUUUCCACCAUGACAUACGGAUUGACAGCCUUGCUUCGUGGUUUGCGUAUUGUGAAGCUGGAGAACGUUUGUUACAGGCACUUACGGCUAUGCAACAGGAUGAUGGCCUGUCAGAUGAUGACACCCUGAUACUAAUAGGCCAUAAGUUGGGUAGUUUCGUGCUCAAGAAGGCUCUUCUCGAAGCAUAUCGAAGCUCACACCAUCAACAUAUGGAAGCUUUGCUCAACACCAUCGAGACUCUCGUUAUGCUUGGAGAUCCAGAUCUUAAUCUCGAUAAUCAAAAUGAAUGGAUCCCCUUGAUCUCAAAGUGUUUGCCUUGCAAGACACUGCCAAAACAUCUCAACUGCCCUCAGGAUGCCAGAUGCCUCCAGCAUAUUGCCGCCCGCUUCGAAGAAUUUACUCUUCAUUCUACCCUAUUUCAAGUCUCAUGCGCAGCCGAGUCCAAAAGGAAGCAUGUUUUGAAAUUCCGCGCUGAAGACCCUCGGUGCAUAUGUUCCGCAACCAUGAGUGUCAGGAUGUGGACGACUACAGACGAAGAGAUUACAAUUCCACCCGGAGAAGGAGACAAGAAGAACUGUGCUUUCUACCCGAGAAGUACAAUCUACAACCGGCUCCUUUCAAUACCUAGUUUUGGCGCCCAGCUUUCAAUUUCUGGUACUCCUGCACAACUACCAGUGAUUGAGGCUCAGGUCCGUGCCGGGCCAAGCACUUGCCUGCCCACGGAUGAAACUGCAACGGACAUGACUAGCAGUGGGCCAGCCUCACCUCAAGCAACUCUCCUGACCAUGCAUCCAAUACCCUCAACAGACGCAACUCCAGUUCCGAUGGUAGAAUCGGCCAGUGGCUCCGAUAAUAUAUCAGCCAGCGGCAUUACAAACGAGGCUAGUUUCACGGGUCAUGGCGUUCAGCAUCCUGACCCGAGAAGAAAGCCACCUGAUCUUCUCGCUGCAAAAGCCAGCAAUAAGCCUAAGAAUAUACCAUACUAUGAUACUGGAAUCAAAUCCCAGGAGGCGAUCAAGAUUGAACAAGCUAGACAUGAAGGUUCGGUCACAAACGUAACGCAGCAGAACUCUCCAGAGGUUUUAUCGGUUCUGGAAUCGCCACGCGUGGAACGCCGAUCUCGGAUCUUCUCCAUGCGAGUUCCGAGUAGAGAUGCAAGAUUUUUUGGCCGCCAAGAACUUUUGAUCCCAUUGGAAGUUAUUUUUUUGCCUAUACCUGUGCUGCCCAGUGGCUGUAUAGCAAGCUCAGACUCCGGUGCCGUCAUCGUCUUACAUGGCGCUCCCGGAGUUGGGAAAAGUGCCAUUGCGUUGGAAUUGACAUAUCGAAUUCAAGCUAGAUUCGAUCAUGUUUUUUGGCUUCGUGCCAACAGUAACCUUCAUCUUGCUCAGUCAUUUCACGAAGCUGCAGUAAGUCUUGGUCUGGUCCAAGAUCGCAGAGAUCAUUAUCAUGAGAAUAGCAGGAAAAAGCUAGUAGCCUGGCUAUCUACCACAAGCUCAAGGUGGCUCCUUGUCUUCGAUGACGCGGAUGAGCUUCAGCUUCUAUCACGCUUCAUGCCGAAUCGCCAUCGUGGCUCUAUCAUAGUGACGAGCAGGCAACCGUUUCGAGAAGGACUAGACAUUGAGGCACAUGAGUGCUUGCACGCUUUUGAGGUUGGUCCCUUUACUGUCGAGGAUGCCACGAAAUUUAUUCGUUCGCUGGCACCUCGUGCAGUUGAUGCAGCAAACCCUGCAGCAGACCUUGCAAUGUUGGCGAGAAUUGCAGAGGAUUGUCGCUGUCUGCCGCUAACCCUACGCGGGGUGGGUACUAUUCUCAAUCGCCGGAGCUCAUCCAAAGACAACCAGAUCAUGGCUAUACUGGAACAACACUCGAGUCGCGUGCUCGCUUCUCAGCCUUCUAGCCCUCUCAUAUGUGCCAACCUGUCAUCGGCUUCAUAUGCUCUCGCAAACGUCAUCACUUUUCUCGAUUCAUACUGUGUUGACGACGCAAUCCUGCUCGGCGCUCAACGCUUCCAAGACGUCCCAUUGAACGCGUUCCCAAUGAAUGAUCAUGACUACUUCGAUGCCAAGAAUGAGCUAAUUGCGCAUGCUCUAUUAGCUGCCGAGGCGGAUCCCAGUGGACUUGAUAUACACCGCGUGACCGCCACAUCAUUCCGAGCCAAGCUUGAUCCGGGCAAUUUUAGGGGAGGGUUUCAUUGUGCGAGCCGGCUUCUUGAGGCAAGAUGGCCAUCUAGGAGGAAGAUGAAGAACAUCGUGCUUGGGAAUUGGCCAGAAUUUGAUACUCUUCAUCGUCAUGUCCACAAACUCUCUAGCAUCUUUGUGGAGUAUGAUCAGAAGCGGGAAAAGGGCAAGCUGAGCCAGGAACUCUCAAAUGAUUCGUAUCUCAAGGUACUUGUCCUCUCAACUUGGUACAAUGCGCACCGGGGCAAUGCCGAGGAAGAUCAGGUACUGAUACGGCUUGCUCAUGGGUUGAUUGCUAGAUCACAGAGGCCCGAUCCGAGGUUACUUCAAAUGGAAACUUCUACUACGAAAUUACCGGCAAGACUCAUCGACGUUGGUCUAGAUAAUACGCAAUCUCCACGCCUUGUUGACACUGCUGGCCAGACUGGUUGUUAUGUAGCUCUCAGCUAUUGUUGGGGCUCUCGGGGCUCUUCGGAGACGCAGUUGACGAUUUCAAAUAUGAGCAGACUUCGGCAAAGUAUCGAACCUUCCGAAAUACGAAGAUCCGUAUUUGAUGCGAUUGAACUUACUAGGCGCCUGGGUGUGCGGUACAUCUGGAUCCAUUCGCUGUGUGUUGUCCAAGGUGACCAAGAGGACUUGCUGAAUGCGAUGUCGAGAGUAUCAGACAUCUAUCGCUCAGCCAUUCUCACUAUUGCUCCAGUCAGUACGAGUGAUGAGACGGUUGACGCUUGCUUCAAUAGUUCUAUCCUCGAGCAAUCGUUCUUGAUCUUCUUGGACUGGUCACGGCCGAUGGUCGCGAGAUCGUGUUCAGGCCGUCUCUUUACACCAAACACUUUUAGUCGACGCUGGAGCGUCUCAGAAACAGUCUCGAAAGAAAUGUGGUUAUCAUUCGCUGCGCAGCUUGAGAAAGCAGCAAACGCCAUUGGAGCGGCGACUCAAACCAAUGAAUCAGACGUACCUCAUGAUGGCAACCCGGACUCGCGUCUACAUGAUGCUGAAGCUGUCCAAUUACAAGCAGAAACUACUGACACACGAUUUUAUGAAGCAAGCCGUGGGAUUGACCAAGGAGUCCACCAUGUUGAGGCCGGCAAGAAUUUCGAAGCACUAGCCUUCUUCAUAAAGGCAAGAGAGCUCGUCAGUGCUUUCCAGCUGUUGACCCCAAGGUCAUGGAAAAUCCAUGCAGUAACCUCUGCAAACAUUGCUCUAGUCUAUCUGAUGCAGAAUUUACCGGCCAUGGCACUUGGGAUCGCGGAAGCUUCAUUGGCAAUGCAAAGCAAACCUUCCAACGUGGAUUGCAACUCUUCGCUCGAAUUAGUUCGACUCCAUUUUGUGAUGGGCGGCAUCUAUAACGCUCUCGAAGAACCAGACGAAAGCCUCAAUUGUUACGAAAAGGCCAGCGAAAAUUUGAAGAAACUGCCGGAGGAAGGAAAGUUGUCCGAAAGCGCCAACUGGAAAGGAGUCCUCGACCUCAAGCUCGCUGAGCACCAAAUGAGGACGAAAGACUACAAAGGAGCCCAUGCUCUCCUUCAGCAAAGCCUCGACCAUUUCCAGUCGCAGCAGAGUCUCUCCGCGCAAGCUCAUCUCGCCCGAACGCUGGGUUGGCAAUCUGUUGUCUUUGAAGCCCAGGGAAGUAAGAUCAUGGGCAACGCUAUCAAGGCAGCCGCGAGACAGACAUGGAUUGGUGUUCGCGAAGCGAGGGGCCGCGCUGUGCCUGAAGGAAUCACUUCCCUCAGUACCGACGACUUCGACAGAGAGACAAAAGGUAGCAAGCUAGGAAGAUUCGAUAUUCUUGUGCGACAACAGCUUGAGCAGAGCAUUCGACGGCCGAGAGAUCCAUUCUUUGAUGCUGAGCUUGUCAAUGUUUUGGAGAUAUGCGCCGCUCCAAUUGGUCUGCGGAAGGCUGGCAUGGUUCUUUUCGCCAAUGUAUUGGCAUUGAAUCGAAUGAUCACAUCGCCAGUCCCGUGGCAGGAGUGA